AAGUAGUACGGAUUCAUGAACAUCCAUUAUGGCGACGGACUUAGAAAUUCAUAAUGGCCGAAGAAAAAGUUAUAGAAUACAAACAAGCGAAUGACAUUCUCAUCAGAAAAUAUGUAGAUGCCCAGUGAUUAUGUUUCGCUAACAAAAUUCCGCAUUUGCAUCUUCCAAAGAAUGCUGUAACUGGUAAAAUUGGUAACGAAAGUUGUGUGUUACGAAAAGGUUCGUUCUUGUUUAUGCUUCAGGUAGCAACACGAUAUACAGUUUGAAAUGACAGCUGACAUUAUCGUGUAGCUACUAUUGUUGUAAAACAUCUAGUCUCAAGAAGAUUAGCAGCUGUUUUUGCCAAAGUCUGGUGCCGUGUUACACGAACUUCUCUGAAGCUGUUGUAUCAUAGGUCAUAUAUUAGCACUUCUCUAGUCAAAACAUAGUGUUCCGAGCCAAAAAUCACACAUUUUAUGCACAUAUAAACUGCAUCCAUUGCCAGUAUGGAAAAAUAUGAAAAAAUUAGCAAAAUUGGUGAAGGUUCGUAUGGUGUUGUGUUUAAGUGCCGGAACAGGGAGACGGGGACACUUGUUGCUAUCAAGAAGUUUGUGGAGUCCGAGGAGGAUCCGUUAAUAAAGAAAAUAGCCAUGAGAGAAAUCAGAAUGUUAAAGCAACUGAAGCAUCCUAAUUUGGUCAACUUAAUUGAAGUGUUCAGAAGAAAGAAACGUCUCCAUCUAGUUUUUGAAUAUGUAGAUCAUACGGUGCUAAAUGAACUGGACAGGCAUCCAAGGGGGGUGCCAGAGCCACUUGUCAAGAGAAUUAUAUAUCAAACUCUGCUGGCAGUCAAUUUCUGUCACCAACACAAUUGUAUACACAGAGAUGUUAAACCUGAGAAUAUCCUAAUAACACGACAGGGACAGGUCAAACUCUGUGAUUUCGGGUUUGCAAGGGUCUUGACUGGACCUGGAGAUGAAUAUACAGACUAUGUAGCCACUAGAUGGUACAGAGCCCCAGAGUUAUUGGUGGGGGACACGUGCUACGGUCCACCAGUAGAUAUCUGGGCCAUAGGGUGUGUGUUUGCUGAGUUACUGACGGGUCAGGCGUUAUGGCCAGGGAAGUCGGAUGUAGACCAGCUUUACCUUAUAAAGAAAACUCUAGGAGACCUGCUACCUCGCCAUGAGGAGAUUUUCUCCAACAACACAUUCUUCAAAGGAAUGACAAUUCCAGAGCCCGACAGAAUGGAAUCGCUGGAAGAAAAGUUUCCUAACAUUACUUCAACAGCUAUGAGCUUUAUGCAGGGGUGUCUAACCAUGGAUCCGGCGCAGCGGUUAAGCUGCACCACACUUUUGCAGCAUCCAUACAUGGACCAAAACAAAGAAAUCUAUGAUGCACCGAACCGCAAAGAAAAGUCAGAGAGAAAGAAUAAAUCAAUUUCUCGUGCCAGUAAUCACUAUCAGCCUUCCCAGAGUGCAACAUACCAUCCUCAGCUGCCACAGUUGACAGGGAACCCUGGUUUUAACAUGUCUACCUCCCCUAUACCAGCCUCCAAGUUCAACAAGAAACACAAGUAUGACCACCACCUUCCCAACAUCUGACUUUUCGGCCAAGGGGUUCUACGUCAUGACAACUAGACUGAAGAAGCUAGCAUGAUGUCGUAUCCUGGAGGCCUAUCACAUCGGGAGCAAUGGAACUUUUGUUUGUGGUGUACAUGUAAAACUUUUGUCGAGCACGUUUGGAGCUUUUUUCUAAUUUUUUUUUUGUUCAGCCAUAGUUUGGGUGUUCAAAACAGCCUCCUUAUUGACCUCAUCUUGACAAACAUGACGGGAAAUUGUGACGAUUUUUCAUCAUUCGUUUUUAUGUUGAAUGAAAAAUUGUAUUGAUACCGGUAGAUAUAUAUUGAUUAGAUGAUUUGUAUGAGAUAAGAUUUUUGUGUUUUUUUUUUUGAAAAGUUAUUGUUUUCUAAUUUUGUUACAGGAAAGAUAUCAUGACAUUUUUCCCCCAAAUAAUCAUGACUUUUCCUGUAUAUACGUCCUAAGAUUUUUCCCUUCUCCCAUUGACA